GUCGGCUCCCUUGAAAGUGAGUUAUCGUCCACAUUUCGAUAGAACACUAGGGUUUACAUAGUAUAAGAAAUGUAUAUUUCUGGAUUUCUUCCGUGCCCCUUUACAAGGUCGUAUUUACUUUCGGUUGACAGGCUUAUAACAUGUCAUACUCUUGCUGGGAUUUCACGGGAAGGUCACUAAUAUGUAAGACACUGAAUAGACGUGUUAGCUAUUGUUAGCUUAAAGUACCUAUGCAUUUGUGCUAUUUAUCUGUCUUUCUGUAUAAGGGGUGUAUUAACAGCCCUCAGGGGCUGUAUAUUUAUUUUGUUUAAUUUCUGUACAUUCCAUAUUUUUUGUGACUAAAAAGGAAGGGCAGAAGGGAUAAAGACGGAGAAAGCCUGAAUAGCCACAGCUCUUGUCCUCCUAUCCCACCUCCUCUUCCUUGUGCAGACUCUAUACAGAUGCUGCCAGCGGUCAGCUCAACUCGUUGUUGCUAGGCGACCAUGGAGCUCCAGCUCUGUAACUCCUCAUCACCUUGUCUCGAGGCUCCUUCUCAUCCUCACCCAGCGUUUCUAUGAUGUAGAAAUGCUCUUUAACUGGAGAUCGCAGAUGGUUAGAAAGCGUCUUCAGAGGAAGAAUAUUUACUAUGGCUACACAAAAAGCUUUUAUGGGCCAGACAUAGCAUCUGCUUAUUAUAUCUUGAGUCUGGGGGGAGGAUUUAGGUAUGUUGGCCAGUCAGAAUGGUUCCAUUCAGACCAUAGGGGUAAAUUCAGCUGGGAUUUCCUGAAUCACAAAGACACACCUCUAGAGGAAGUGGACAUGAGCAACACAGUCAUCAACUACACAGGACUGCUUAACCUCGAGAACCAGCACCGUCUACGGACUCUGAAAUUGCAAGGGUGUCCUGAAGUGGAUGACUGGUUCCUGGCUAGACUGCAUGUUUUCCAGGAAUCUCUAGAGGAACUGGACAUUUCUCACUGUGCGCAUGUCACAACAGGCGGUUUGUGUGCACUCAGGAAUCUCAAGGGGCUGAAGCAUCUGAAUGUGUCAUCCCUACCAGGGAUUCCCAGUCCUGGUUUAGUGAUCAUCCUGCUGGAGGAGAUGUUACCACAGUGUCAGAUCACAGCGGAAGGUUAUGACCUCAGCGUAAGGCAAGAAGUACAUUUGAACAUGGACGAAUAAGUGCAGAGACAGAGGCAGCGCAGAGAUGGGGCCAACAGUCUGUACUGAAAAAGCUCCUGUGCCAUCACUUAAAGUGUGAGCUUUUAAAUUAAACUUGUCAUAUGUAUAUGGAAUUCCAUGUGUAGUCUUAGUCUGCAUUUCAUGUUUGCUGCAAAACCUCAGAAUCAGUUUGAUGGUAACAUUUUAUUUGGUAAGAUUGUUGGUGAAAUUGAAAUCAUUGAUGUCUCAUUCAAACUGCAUUUUGUCUGCGAUUACUUUUUUGUUGAGUGUAAACACUUGUGUAAAUGUACAUAAUAAAGACUCAAAUUGGUUAAAUUUUACAUUUGCAUCAAGUGUACAGAAUAAUGGAAACCACGUGGCCACACAUCAUAGUAUGCAUCAAUGUCUAAUCUUCAUUGUGGAAGCUUAUGUGUGAAAUCUAAAGCCCAUAAUCCAGUAUGAGCCUUGUUCCUGCAGCAGUGAUAUCACUCAAAGUGUGCUAAAGAAAAAGCCAUAAGACAAGGGUGACUACGCCUGAAGAAACCACUCCUAUAUAUGUAUGUAAAGAUUUAAAGUAAUUUGGUAGACAUGCUUGAUUUGGACGGAUCAUAUUCAGAAGCUAGCUCUUUUUUUCCCCGGCUCAACUACAGUUGUCUGGAGUAUUGUAUUAAACAUAAACAUUUUAAAUAUAUGUAUUUGCCCACGUUUCUGUCAAAGCAGGUUUGAUUCAUGCAUUUUGAUUUUACGAAAGAGCUAUUCUGUAAUGAGCAGUAGGAAUUAUCGUGCCAUUUCUGCUGUGUUGCGAUAAACACGGACACUAUUUUUUGACGGACAACAUCAAGGCGGAACAGCUGAGUGGGAGUCGCGUUAAAGAUCCGUGUUGCAGCUUUUUUAAGUUUUAGGUAUAUAAAUCGAUUGUCAUCUGUCUCCUUGUGGUGUAAGGGUAUCAGCAGACGGAUACAUGUCUGAUGCAACAGAACUUCCUAAAAAGGAAGAAAAGUUGGAGGUUACUCCUGAACCAGAGGAGCAAUCCGACGAAAGCAGUGAGGACGAGGCUGUGGGAGAAACAGAAAUGGACUUCCUGCGCAACCUCUUCUCCAGUACUCUGGGGCUCGGUUCAACAGAAAAAGUUCUGGAUGAGCUAACUCUGGAAGGAGUGGCGCGAUACAUAAAGAGCGGCAAAUGUAAAAACAUUCUUUGCCUGGUUGGAGCAGGAAUAUCCACUUCUGCUGGGAUCCCAGACUUCCGCUCACCAGGAACUGGCCUAUAUGCGAACCUGCAAAAAUAUGACCUACCUUACCCAGAGGCCAUCUUCCAGAUAGAUUACUUUAAGAAACACCCAGAGCCGUUCUUUGCUUUGGCAAAGGAGCUUUACCCAGGACAGUUUAAGCCCACUAUUUGCCACUACUUCAUAAAGAUGCUGAAAGAUAAGGGGAUCCUAAGACGCUGCUACACACAGAACAUAGACACUUUGGAGCGAGUUGCUGGGCUUGAAGGAGACGAUCUAAUCGAGGCUCAUGGAACUUUCUACACUUCGCACUGUGUUAGCUUCUGUUGCAGAAAGGAAUACAAUCUGGACUGGAUGAAAGAAAAAAUAUUCUCUGAUGCCAUCCCAAAAUGUGACAAGUGCAGCAGUUUGGUCAAACCAGAUAUUGUCUUUUUUGGAGAGAACCUUCCUGUCCGAUUCUUCACGUCCAUGAAGAUGGACUUUCCUCGCUGCGACCUUCUUAUUGUUAUGGGGACAUCUUUGCAGGUCCAGCCCUUUGCCAGUUUAGUUGGCAGGGUGUCAAAAAGUUGCCCCAGAGUGCUCAUUAACAUGGAGAAAGCAGGACAGGCUGAUCCCGUCUUAGGGUUGCUUGGUUUUGGAGGUGGGAUGGACUUUGACUCAGACAAAGCUUACAGAGAUGUAGCUCACAUUAGUACUUGCGAUGAUGGCUGUUUGGCAUUCGCUGAACUGUUGGGAUGGAAGGAGGAGCUUCAGGAAUUGGUGAAGCAAGAACAUGCCAGGAUUGACAGUCAAGACGAGAGAGAAAAGGAGAGCAAAGAAUCAGCAGCCAUGGCGAGUUCUGCAUCAGUGGAACCUCAGCCCAAAGCAGAGGAGUAACUUGUUAAAAUGCCUUUGUAUCUUUAAUUAAAGCUACAAAAGUGAUGUCACCAGUCAGGGGGGGGGACCUUGAAAGGAGAUAAAGAUGCCAAGGUUUUUACUUUCUGGAAGUGAAGCUUGAAUUUCGCACUCUGCUUUUAAACCCAAGUACGUUUAAUUCCACUGAGGACAUCUGAUAUCCCUGUGUUUUACGCUACUGUUUAUGCACUUUACUAACAUUACUUUGCUUUCCAUUUGCUCACAUUUGGUCUCAACAGCUAUACAGAAUCUACAACAGUACAACACAAUGUACAACGUUGGUACAUUUCAGCCUCAUGAGUGAAAGUUGGUUAAUGAGGUCGCCACGCUGCAUCAAAGCUAAAAUGGCUGAGGUCUGAAGUGAGAUCAGUUGACGCACCUCAGCUGUUUUCAUAUUCCUACAAUUUGAAUAUUUUUUUUAAUACCAGGCUAUUUAGACACGUUCAUUUUUAAUUUUUUCUAUCUAAAACCAGAGGGACCCAGUCUUGAUAAUGUUUCUGUAUUAGAAAACUGACUUCCUGAUAAUUUAAUACUUUUACCUGUAAAUACAAGAAGAUGAUAAAUUGUGUUUGGACUUCCAAAUAAUAUGUUGAUUUUUAUCCAAGCGUGUAUUUAACACUCACUUUAUGCUCCUCUUUGACUCUUUCUUUCGAAAUAUUUUUUUUCUUUAGUUAUUAUCGAAGUUGAAAUCCUCCUAGCUCUUAACUGAGUUUGCUUUAUGUGUUUGUAUCUAUGAGGAUGAAAAAAGGAAAAGGAGACAAUAAGAAAAAAAAUGCAUGGUCGCCAAAUACAGAGGUGUAAUUGAAAAUAAAAUUCAUUCUUGGAAUGUGAGCUGUGAGAGCAUGGAUUGUUUCAUCAUCAUUGGAUAAUGCCUCACUUUAUGUGCUUCAGAACCGUAAAUUUAAGAAUUUUGUCAGUUGCAAGAAACCCUCAUGAGUCAAGAAAAAGAAGGUAUCGGUAAAUUAUCCUCCGACAUGAAACUCAGAUUACAAUUUUGUUGCCAUAAUGCUAAACACGACAAGGGGUAAAAAAAAAAAAAAGUAAAUGAUGGUAGAUAUUGUACUACAAUCACAUGGCUCAGUUUUAACUAAGCUGAAGUUCAGCCAUGUUAAAGAAGACUCUUAACCCAAAUCAUUCCCUGAGGGUAGGAACGGCAAGAGUGGGAUAGAGAAAACUGAAAUUAAACUAUUUGUUGGAGUAGUCUCGGUCUUUACACUCAGUGGCAAUAUCCUGCUGCUUUUGGCAAUUCAUUUAGCAAGAAUUGGAGAUUGUGGAACUGAUUUCUUAUUUUACGUGAAGUUUCACCAGAUCUGAUGUCAUAUCAUCGUAAACGGUUACAAGCACAACUGUCUUUGCAAUGAAGUAAACUAGAAGUAGUGUCUCCAUCCAGCUAUGGCUACCACCUUUUUUUAGGUCAAUGGUGCUAGCCUCCCAUUUUCAGUUGUUCGUCCACAAGUCCUGUACCAGCCCACUUUACAAGUGGUUUGGAUUGGUUCUUUUAAAGGUGAACAAACAGGCUGUUGAACUUUGCUAUUCAGAGAAUGUAGGUAGUGUCUGAAAAUUCAAAGUAGGAAUGACCAGCCCUAUCACUGUUUUAACCCUAAUCUGUUAUAUUGUAACACAGAAAAAAAUGCAUCUAGAGGAAACGUUAACAUGAGGCAAAAUGUACAUGCAGUGGUUGAAAGUUCUUUCUGUAAUCUCAGGUAUUCAGUAUUGAAUACCACAUUUAGAAGCUAAUCCAAAUAAUCUGUUGAACAAUGACUUCCUUUCACCGAGAAAUCGAUUCCUCUUCACUGUGUUGUUCCAAUGGCAAACAUACUAAGCAAAGUAUACAUCACAUGGCAAUGUUUCAAGAUAUUUUUUCUCUCUCUCUCUUCUUUUUGUCUGUCAGACUUAAAAGUAAGACAGAAUCUUCCCGCACCUUCUACCUGUGCAGUACCAAAUACACAGAACUCAUUGACAAGUCAUGACUGAUGGCAAAAUCCCCCAUGUUUAUAUCUGAUUUUUAGAGGUUGUGUUUUCAACUGAAUGGAAACGUCAUUUUCUCACAAUAACUAAACUUAUUGUU